GGUACACUCGAACUCGACCUGUCAGACCUCAGCGACUAGCUUAGACCUUAGUUUAGACCUUAGGGUUCUAUAUCUUAUUUUUCGCUUUAGUUGACCAACCUCUCUAUCAUGAGCAUAAGUAUCUACUAUGGCUUCUUCAAGUAGCAAAGUUUCAGAUCAUAGGCGAGGCAGAAAGGCCCUCAGCUUUCAACGGCUAUGGAGCUCAAGCAGGAUUAUUUCUGCGAAGUUUUUCUUCUAGAGUUAGAUUUUUCUGACCCAUAUCGGGUCGAGUUUCUCGGGUUGCUCGAGUCACUCGAGUUGCCAGUGCAUAUUUGUAUUAAUAAUAGCUGCUCAUGCGAUACUUCCACGAGGACUUCGUCUUUAUUUAUACUUCGAUGCAUAAUCAUCGUAUUGAUAGUUUCUUAUGAUUAUGAUAAUCAAAAGAAACUAUCAAUACAACUCCUGAUCAUGAUCUUUGGUGUGUGGUGGAACGGUGCACAAUUUUUUUCCAGCUCCACAGACUACAAUGCAGGUCUCGUCGGCAAUACUCUGGUAGAUUGUUUUAUUUUUAAAAGGUCUUACUUAAUGGUGGACUACUUUUGA